AAUCUAAUAAUUACUAAAAUUUCUCUCUAUAUAUAAAUUUGUCAAUUUAUACAGCUUACGAUAAAAAUAAUUCAAAUGAUUUUAUUAACAUUAUUAAUAAUAUUACAUACAUACUACGGAACAUCUGGUAAUCUUAUAACGGACUUAGAUAUAGCAUGGACUGAAUGGAAUAAAUAUUUAAAAUGUGAUCACUUACAGUAUAUUGGACGAUAUAAUGGAAUGGAAGAUGAUCUAAACAUACAUUCUAAAAUAAAAACACAGUAUUUAUCUGGAAUAAAUAAUAUUAGAAAUUGGCAUAAUGUAGAACCUCUAAAACAAAAUAAUGAUUUGGAUGUUUUUGCACAGUCAUAUGCAAAUUAUAUUGCCAGGACAGGUCAAUGUGAUAACGGUCCAUUCAAUUCAGUUUUUGGAUUAUUAUUCUCAUCUCGUCCAGUUUCUAAUGAUGUAGGAAAAAAAGUACCUUAUGAAUUGUAUAUACAUUUUGAUAAAGACGAUGAGCCUUUUGAUUUUGAAGCAAAUGAGGAUGAAAUGAUUAAAUAUGAAGAUAAUACAUUGUGUCGACUUUCAACUUGUAUAAUUUGGAAAAGUUCCAUUAACAUCGGAAUUGGUGUCGUAAAAACAAAUGAAAUUGUAAUUAAUGAUAUAGUAAUGCGUGGAUCACAGUAUAUUAUUGUAGCAGUAACACAUCCUAGGCCACGCGAAUUAGGAAAAUAUAAAGAAAAUAUUACACCUAGAAAUCUUGAAAUCAUGAAACAUGAUGGUUACUUCGAAUAUCUUCAGAAAGAAAAAGAUCGCAACAAAAAUAUAAUUAAAUACGAACUAAAGUCAAGUUUCCAAAAACUUAUGAGAUAUUUCUUUAGAAAAAAUGUCAGCAUUGAAAAAAAAGAAAACUAAAUAUUCGCACAUAGUUUUUGAUGAUUAUGCUGUUAAAAUUAAUGUUUAAUUCCAACUAAAUUAAUCUUUGUGAAAAAUUGUCCAUCUCAUUAUUAUUAUUUAGCAAUUUAAAAUUUAAAUUCUCAAUUUAUAUAUUAAUGAUUUAAAAAAAAGAUAUUCAAAACACUUAUGAAAUUAUUAUUUAUAUUGAUAUAUAAAUUAUUAGCAAAUAAUAGGCUCUUAAUAACCUAUUAGUAAUAUGCACUCUUUUAAUACGUGUAUAUUAUUUAACAUCAUGCGAUCGAUAUGUGUUUUAUAAUUUUGAAUCUUUUUUGAAAUGCCAUUAAUUGUUAAUUAUUUUCAUGUAAAUAUAACUUAAAUCAAUGAACACGUCCAUUUUCCGCAGAUUUUUAAUUUUCUAUCGUCUCUUCUUUGAGAUUAUUAUUAAUUAGUAGAAAACAAGUAUAUAUACAUAUAAAAAUA